AUGAAGAUAUUGGCCCACUCAUUUGAUCAAUCCCUUGGUGGAAGAGAUUUUGAUGAAGUUCUGUUUCGGUAUUUUGCUAUGACAUUCAAGGAAGAGUACAAGACUGAUGUUUUCCAGAAUGCAAGGGCUUGCAUUAGGCUUUGCGCUGCUUGUGAAAAGUUGAAGAAGGUUCUGAGUGCAAAUGCAGAGGCACCUCUGAAUAUAGAGUGCUUGAUGGAGGAAAAGGAUGUUAAAGGCUGCAUCCAGAGGGAGAAAUUUGAACAACUUAGUGUUUCACUUCUUUCAAGUGUAACGGAGCCACUAGAGAAGGCUCUUCUAGAUGUUGGACUUUCAGUUACGGAUAUCCAUGUUGUUGAGGUUAUCGGUUCAGGGUCUCGUGUCCCUGCUGUGACCAGGAGACUAAAGAAAUUCUUUGGAAAAGAGUCGAGCCAUACUAUGAAGGCCAUCGAGUGUGUUGCCAAAGGUUGUGCUCUACAAUGUGCAAUUGUUAGUCCCACAUUUAAAGUGCGACAGUUCCAGCUUUUGGAAAAAGAUGUUGAAGUACCAUUUGUAAAAGAGUCUGCCAAAGAAGCUACUGAGAUGGAGAUUGAUGAAGCUUCAGCAGAUGGUGUUCCUCCUUCUAGUAUCAUGGAAAACGAUGUGACCACAGGUGCCGGUAAUGUUCUUGUGGCUGAAAAUGGUGUUUCAAAAACUAGAGACAUGCCUGUUCAGAUGAGAACAUAUGUUGAAGUUACGGAUUCACCGUGGAGGGUCGUGUCCUCAUUAGAGGAUGCACAAUAA